CUAGGACCGUUCUUUGCCGACCGUCCAGAGCUGCACAAGGCAUUCGAGCUGUGCGUGGACCACAACUUGUUGGUGGAGGAGUUUGAAAGGAGCUGGAUGGCCAUGACUGAAACACAUCAAGUCCAGGACAACGAGACUCUUGUUAGCCUGUGGGAGAAGCGAAUGUACUGGGUGCCGGCCUACUUCAUGCAGUGCUUCUUCCCCUUUCUGCAGACUACGCAGCGCAGCGAGGGGUUCAAUGCUGUUUUAAAGCGGUACGUCAGCCCUGGCAACUCAUUGCUACAGUUUGCCAAGCAGUACACAGCUUUGCAACAAAAAAUUCUGGGAUCUGAGCUACAGCAAGAAGCGACCACAGCCCUAAAGCAACCAAAAUUGCUAACGUAUUUACCGAUGGAGAGGCAAAUGAGCAAGAUAUACACCAACAAGAUCUUUAACAAAUUCUAGGAAGAAAUAAAGCGUGCCAGCAUGUUCACGGCUUUCCGGGUGGACGAACAUACGUUCAAGGUGUGUUCUAUUUUGGGCAUG